AUGCCCAGGCUGCACUCCGGGGUGGCCACCCCUUCCAUUCGCGCGAGCCCCUCCGAGGCACGUGCACCUCCAGCCCCAAGGAGCCGCCUCCCCGGCGCUCCCAUUGAGCGCCUGCGCAACCGGCAGCCCCUUUUAUAUGACGCAGGCGUCUGCGUCUUACAGCCAAACUUCCUGCUGGAGGCGGAAGCGCCGCUGGGCGCCGGGCUCGGAGGGGAUUCGAGGCUUUGGGGCCGGCGGCGGCGGCCGGGCCAGGGAGGGCAGCUACGGCAUCGGGCCCGGCCGCAUCCGGGACGCGUCGUCGGGCCGCCUGAGGGAUGCGGAGGGACCAUGGCCAGCGACGGGGCGCGGAGGCAGUUCUGGAAGCGGAGCAGCCACAGGCUCCCGGGAAGUAUCCAGCAUGUGUAUGGAGCCCAGCAUCCUCCUUUUGACCCAUUAAUACAUGGCACGUUGAUUAAAACGGUCCCCAAGACACCAACCACCCCAGUGAAACCCAAGAAAGUCAGCACUUUCCAGGAAUUUGAGAGCAACACGAGUGAUGCAUGGGACGUGGGGGAGGAUGAGGACGAGCUCCUGGCCAUGGCGGCCGAGAGCCUGAACACGGAGGUGGUCAUGGAGACGGCCAACCAGGUCAUCCAGAACCACAGCCGGCGCCAGGAGCAGCACCGGGUGCCCCAGGAGCACGUCUGUGGUGAUGGCGAGCGGGCUGAGCCUUUCUCUGACCUGCCCUUGGUGACGGGCACUGACAGCAGGCUGGUGAAGUCUGUCAGUGAGAGUCACACGUCCCAUUCUGCAGAUCGGUGGUGCAAAGAUAAAUGUCUGCGUUUGACAGGUGGGGCAGCCUGGGUCUCAGAGAGGGGGAAGAGACUUCCUCAUGGUCAGCCGUUUAAAAUCCUCAGUGACACCACCCCUCUGCAGCGCUCCCAGUCUCUGCCUUAUGCCUCCACGGUCCCGUUAGGCUAUGGAGCAGACGAUAAGAAUGCACUGGGCCCACCGGCCUUGUCGGAGAGGGAGGUCUAUCGGCUAGAGAAAUUUAGGCAGCUUCUUGCGGGUCCCAACACGGAUCUUGAGGAAUUAAGAAAAUUGAGUUGGUCUGGAAUUCCCAAGCAAGUCCGUCCAAUAACCUGGAAACUUCUUUCGGGUUACCUACCUGCGAAUGUGGAUCGGAGAGAAAGCACCCUGCGGAGAAAGCAAAAGGAAUAUUUUGCUUUUAUCGACCAAUAUUAUGAUUCUCGGAACGAUGAAGCUCACCAGGACACCUACAGACAGAUUCACAUCGACAUCCCUCGCAUGAGUCCAGAGACGCUGAUCCUCCAGCCCAAAGUGACCGAGAUUUUUGAAAGAAUCUUGUUUAUCUGGGCCAUCCGUCACCCUGCCAGUGGCUAUGUUCAGGGAAUCAACGACCUCGUCACCCCCUUCUUCGUGGUCUUCAUUUGUGAACACAUAGAAGAAGAAGUGGAAAACGUGGAUGUUUCCUGCGUGCCGGCAGAGGUGCUGCGGAACAUCGAAGCUGACAGCUACUGGUGCCUGAGCAAGCUGCUGGAUGGUAUUCAGGAUAACUACACUUUUGCCCAGCCUGGCAUCCAGAUGAAAGUGCGUCUGUUGGAGGAGCUCGUCGGCCGGAUCGAUGAACAAGUGCAUCGGCAUCUAGACCAGCACGAGGUGAAAUACCUGCAGUUUGCCUUCCGGUGGAUGAACAAUUUGCUGAUGAGAGAGAUGCCGCUGCGCUGUACUGUCAGGCUGUGGGACACCUACCAGGCUUUUGACGUUACACAUUCACAAUGGCCUUCCGGCCCCUGCUGCUCAUCCUGGAGCCCACGUGGAAGGACGAAUGCGUGUCUGAUGGAGUGGCCUUGACAUGAUAGUCUGCAC